UCCAGCCUGGUGACAGAACGAGACUACAUCUAAAAAAAAAAAAGACCAUGGAGACGUGGAGCGCAACCCUUCUCCUCAGGUUGUGCUGCUGCGCUUUUGGGACUCCUGGCCAGGUAACAAGUGUGGAAGCUGAGAGAGGGCCCUGAUAGGGAAGCCAGGAACCUGUAGGGCUAAUUCCUUGGCUUCUCCUAUGUGGAGCUGGGGUUAGAUAAGUUACAUAAGCUCUUUCUCAGGGGUCUUUGAACUACUUCCCUACCUCAGCGAUAGAGGUGUCUAAGCAAACCAUGAGACUCCUCUGGCAAGGCCCUCCGCACUCUGGGCCUCGGCCAUCUCAUCUGAAGAAUGAAGUAUAUAGGCGAGCACCGACAGACUCCUCCUCGGUUCUGGCCUUCUCUGAUUCUGUGGCUCCAAAGCUGAGACCCUCCAGGAGAUCCAGGAACUUGUCAAGGCCCCCAGGAGGUAGCAAGGCUAGCUGGGGUGUGGGACGCUUGGGUUCCUUUCUACCCACAAGGGCCCUGCCCCCGUUCAUCCUGGCCUGGCCUGGUGCCCUGGGCCUCCCUUCGCCCCCACCCUUGCCUCUCCCUUCAUAACCCCUUCCACAUACUUACAGGUAAAGCCUGGAGCUGAGGAUGGGACCCCACCGCCCCCACCCAGGUCCUUCCCUCCUUCCCUCCCUCCCUGGCGCCCAUUAGCUAGCGCAGGCCGUGGGAGUGGUGACUGCUGAGUCUCCGUGCCAGGCCCAGCCCCCAGAGACGCACCUGUUCUGACCUGCUGAGCAGGUUCCCAGGUUUCUGCCGUCGUUGUUGGCCACGGCGUGGGAAGCAGCUCUGGGGGAGCUCGGAGCUCCCGAUCACGGCUUCUUGGGGGUAGCUACGGCUGGGUGGGUAGAACGGGGCUGGGGCCGGGUCCCCUAGUGGAGACCCAAGUGAGGGAGGCAAGAACUCUGCGGCUUCCUGCCUUCUGGGUUAAUUCCUUAUUCAAGUCCGCAGCGGCUCCCAGGGAGAUCUCGGUGGAACUUCAGAAACACUGAGCAGUCUGCCUUUCAACCAUGCCCCUGUCCCUGGGAGCCGAGAUUUGGGGGCCUGAGGCUGGGCUGCUGCUGCUGCUGCUGCUGGCAUCGUUUACAGGCCGGUGCCCAGCGGGUGAGCUGGAGACUUCGGACGUGGUGACUGUGGUGCUGGGCCAGGACGCAAAACUGCCCUGUGUCUACCGAGGGGACUCCGGCGAGCAGGUGGGGCAAGUGGCGUGGGCUCGGGUGGACACAGGCGAAGGCGCCCAGGAGCUAGCGCUACUGCACUCCAAAUACGGGCUUCAUGUGAGCCCGGCUUACGAGGGCCGCGUGGAGCAGCCGCCGCCCCCACGCAACCCCCUGGACGGCUCGGUGCUCCUGCGCAACGCAGUGCAGGCGGACGAGGGCGAGUACGAGUGCCGGGUCAGCACCUUCCCCGCUGGCAGCUUCCAAGCGCGGCUGCGACUCCGAGUGCUGGUGCCUCCCCUGCCCUCACUGAAUCCUGGUCCAGCACUAGAAGAGGGCCAGGGCCUGACGCUGGCAGCCUCCUGCACAGCUGAGGGCAGCCCAGCCCCCAGUGUGACCUGGGACACAGAGGUCAAAGGCACCACAUCCAGCCGUUCCUUCAAGCACUCCCGCUCUGCCGCCAUCACCUCAGAGUUCCACCUGGUGCCUAGCCGCAGCAUGAAUGGGCAGCCAUUGACUUGUGUGGUGUCCCAUCCUGGCCUGCUUCAGGACCAAAGGAUCACCCACAUCCUCCACGUGUCCUUCCUUGCUGAGGCCUCUGUGAGAGGCCUUGAAGACCAAAAUCUGUGGCAUGUUGGCAGAGAAGGAGCUAUGCUCAAAUGCCUGAGUGAAGGGCAGCCCCCUCCCUCAUACAACUGGACAAGGCUGGAUGGGCCUUUGCCCAGUGGGGUACGAGUGGAUGGGGACACCUUGGGCUUUCCCCCACUGACCACUGAGCACAGUGGUACCUACGUCUGCCAUGUCAGCAAUGAGUUUUCCUCCAGGGAUUCUCAGGUCACCGUGGAUGUUCUUGCAGACCCCCAGGAAGACUCUGGGCAGCAGGUGGACCUAGUGUCGGCCUCGGUGGUGGUAGUGGGUGUGAUCGCCGCCCUCUUGUUCUGCCUUCUGGUGGUGGUGGUGGUCCUCAUGUCCCGAUACCAUCGGCGCAAGGCCCAGCAGAUGACCCAGAAAUAUGAGGAGGAGCUGACCCUGACCAGGGAGAACUCCAUUCGGAGGCUGCAUUCCCAUCACACAGAUCCCAGGAGCCAGCCGGAGGAGAGUGUAGGGCUGAGAGCCGAGGGCCACCCUGAUAGUCUCAAGGACAACAGUAGCUGCUCUGUGAUGAGUGAAGAGCCCGAGGGCCGCAGUUACUCCACGCUGACCACAGUGAGGGAGAUCGAAACACAGACUGAACUGCUGUCUCCUGGCUCCGGGCGGGCCGAGGAGGAGGAAGAUCAGGAUGAAGGCAUCAAACAGGCCAUGAACCAUUUUGUUCAGGAGAAUGGGACCCUACGGGCCAAGCCCACGGGCAAUGGCAUCUACAUCAACGGGCGGGGACACCUGGUCUGACCCAGGCCUGCCUCCCUUCCCUAGGCCUGGCUCCUUCUGUUGACAUGGGAGACUUUAGCUCAUCUUGGGGGCCUCCUUAAACACCCCCAUUUCUUGUGGAACAGGCUCCCCAUCCCACCGACUGUUCGACCUUUACCUCCAACCCUUCUGUUCAUCGGGAGGUCUCCACCGAUUGAAUCUCUCCCACCAGGCGUGCAGGUCACUGUGUGUGUGCGCGUGCCUGUGUGAGUGUUCACUGACUGUGUGUGGGGGGCGACUGUGUCCGUGGUGUGUGCUGUGCUGUCAGAUCACAGUCAAGUGAAUUGUGGUGUUUGUGCCACAGGGUUUGAGUGGCUGUGUGGGGAACACUAUCAGGGUUUGGCGUGUAUGUUGUGUGGCUGUAUGCGACCUCUGCCUGAAAAAGCAGGUGUUUUUUUCAGACCCCAGAGCAGUAUUAAUGAUGCAGAGGUUGGAGGCGAGAGGUGGAGACUGUGGGUCAGACCCAGGUGUGCGGGCAGAGCUGGAGCUGGAAUCUGCCUCCAGUGUGAGGGAGCCUGGCUCCCCACUUGGGAGCGCUGGGGGCAAGUGUGAAGCAGCCAGUCCCGGGGUCAGCCAGAGGCUUGAACUGUUAUGGAAGAAGCCCUCUGCCCUCUGGUGGCCUCUGGGCCUGCUGCAUGUACAUAUUUUCUGUAAAUAAACCUGCACUGGGAGCUUCUUGCAGGAAUACUGCUCCGAAUUGUUUUUAAUUUUUUCUUUUUUUUUUCUUGCCCUUUCCAAUAGUUGUAUUUUUUAUUUAUUUUUAUUUUUAUUUUUUAGAGAUGGGGGGGGUCUCACUAUGUUGCUCAGGCUGGCCUUGAACUCCUGGGCUCAAGCAAUCCUCGCCUCAGCCUCCCUAAUAGCUGGGACUUUAGGUGUACACCACUGUGCCUGCUUUGAAUCCUUUAAUAAGAGAAAUAAAAUUAUCCAAUGUUUACUACUGGGAUUGCUUAAAGUGAGCCCCCCUGCCCUGGGGGGUUAAUUCCUGUGAUUGUGAAAGGGGCUCCUUCCAAGGCAUCCCCUUGGGGGGGCGCCUGAGAGCCGGUGGAGUCUGGCAUUAGGGAUGUGAGCCUCGUGAGGCUAAAGUUGGUAAGGUAAAGUUGCAUCCAUAGUUGUUUGUGAUACCCUGGGGAGUUGCUUGAACUUGGUGACAAGGCUCCUGUUCAAUGGUGGUGUGGGAGAGAGACAGCAGUGAUUAUAGACCGAGGGAGUAGUUCAGCUGAGGUGAAAGAGGUGAUGGGGCAGAGAAUGUCGCCUUUCACUCUGGGUUUCUGGAUCACUAAUUCAAGGCUCUUCUGGAUGUUUCUCUGGGUGUGGGGUGGAGUUCUACGCGGUUUAUUUUUAGCUGGCCUACCCAGAUACACUCAGCAGAAUACCUAGAUUCAGUACCCAAACCCUUCUUAGUCUGAAAUCUGCUGGAUUUCUGGCCUAAAGGAGAGGCUCCCAUCCUUUGUUCCCCAGCCAGCCUACGACUCUGAAUGUGGAGACUGAAGAUCUAAGAUCCUAAUAUGUACAUUUUGUGUAAAUAUGUGCAUAUUUGUACAUAAACAAUAUUCUGUUUUUAAAUAAACAGACAAAACUUGUUCUG